UGUUUUUUGCCCCAUUCCGUUUUUUUCAUCUCAGCACUGAACCUCAAAUGACAAUAAUACCCAUACAUAGUCAUUCUUAUCCCAUCCAAGCCAACCGGAACACCAUUGUCAUUUCAUUAAAACAACUGUUCUCCUUCGUCCACUCAUAGAAUGCGACACGAGUGGCACUUUUGUCUGCUCCUUCCAUCGCCAAACAACAACAAAAAAGCAAGAGAGAGAAACAAAAUCUUAGAGAGAGAAAUGGACGCUAACACUACCGAAGCGGAGCGUUGGCUGACCAUAGCGGAGAAGCUCCUGGCCUCACGUGACUUGCACGGGACCAGAACCUUCGCCAUCCGAGCUCGAGAAUCGGCCCCAAUCCUCGCCGACCAAAUCCUGGCCGUCACGGACACUCUCUUAACCGCCCAAUCCAAUCCUCAAGACUGGUACGGGAUCCUCCAACUCGUACCGUUAACUCAGUCCAUGGAAGUCGUGGCGAGUCAGUACAGGAAACUCGCCCUUCUUCUGAAUCCUGUGAAGAACAGGCUCUCUUUCGCAGAUCAGGCUUUUCGAUUCGUUUCUGAAGCUUGGAAUGUGUUGUCGAAUACUUCUAAGAAGGCCAUUUAUGAUAACGAGUUGAGGUUCCUUCAGUUUGCUCAGGCGAGUCAACUCAGUCAACAACAUCAUCAUCAACAACCACAACUUCAGCAACCGCAAACGCAGACGCUGUUCAUGCAACCAGCACCACCUCCGCCGCCGAAAGAAACGCAAACGCUGUUUAUGCAAACGCCGCAGAAAGAAACGCAAACGCAAGUCACGCAACCACUAUUUGUGAGAAGAAGCCCUAGAAGUGAUAAUAGAGAUGGAAAUGCCGCAUUAGAAGGAGGAGGGCAGUUGGGUUUAAAUAAUAAUCCGCCGGAGCCAACUUGGACGAAGCAGAUUAAUCAGAUAGGUUUAGCUGGACCGAGUCGGAUUAAUCAGAUAGGAUCAGUUGGUUUGAGCCAGAUUAGUCGGCCCGAUCCUAAACGGACGAGCCAGGUUAAUCGUCCCGAGCCUACACGGAUGAACCACAUUAAUAGGCCCGAGCCCAUUCGGACGAGCCAGGUUAAUCAGACAGGAAGCGCUAGCUCGAGUCAGUUUAAUCGGACUGAUCCGACUCGGACGGGUCAAAUUAAUCAGACGACAACUCCUCCUCCUCCUACUCCUACGGAGCAUAGUCAGACUGAGACAACUGGUAUGACUCAGAAGAGCGAUUCGACUCGGCCUAGUGAAGCUACCGUGUCAGAGGUACCGACUUUCUGGACGGCUUGUCCGUACUGUUACGUUCUCUAUGAGUAUCCGAAGGUGUACGAGGAUUGUACCCUGAGAUGUCAGACUAAGAACUGCAGGAGAGCUUUUCAUGCAGUUGUGAUACCGUCGCCGCCGGUGAACGGAAAUGACACGUAUUUCUGCUGCUGGGGGUUUUACCCUUUAGGAUUUUCGGGGAAUGGUAAGAAUAUGGGGGGUAAUUUUCCCAGUUGGUCACCUAUUUCGACCAUGUUUGCUUGCCCUAAUAACAAGAAUACUGGAAAAGAGAAGACUGCCAAAAAGUCUGCACCAAGAGUGUUUUAUGAUGAACAUGAUGUAUAUGUAGAGAUUUCUGAUUCAAGUGGGACUUCUGAGGAUGAUGAUGAUGAUGAUGAAUGGCAGAAUGAGAUGAGGAAGAAGAAGGCGAAGAAUGCCAAAGGGAAAGGAUCUGUGGGGAGAAAUGCUAAGAAACCACAGAGUGAGAGAGUGAAUAAGGGGAGUAAUGAGCAAGCGAAUGCCGGUGGGAAUGUGAGUGGUGUGUCCGUGGUGCAGGAGGGUGUGCUGACUGCUGAGUCGAGCAGAAGGGGGGUGGCGAAUAGUGGGAGGAAGCAGAUGGGAAGAGGAGCAAAGAAUUUGGGGAAGUUGGAUUUGAAUGUGGAGUUUAGUAAUGAAGUGGAAGAGACGGUGCCAAGGAGGAGUGAGGGGAAUCAUGCUGGAUAUGGGGAGGAGGAUAACAUUGAAGGGAAUGGGUUUUUUGAGGGUCUUGAUGAGUUUUUGAGUAGCUUGCCUAUACUCUCAGUUGUUGGGGAUGACAAGGUUAAGGCUACUUAGUGAAGUAAGAUCCUUGUUUUUUGUUUUUUGCAGCAGUUGUAGUUGUUGUACUUGUAUGCUUGUAGUAAUUAGUUAUGUGGAGGUACUUGGGAUCUCCUUUCAUAGUUCUUUCAGAGUUUGAAUUCGACUGUAUAUUUUGUAGCAUCAUGUUUUGUCAUUAUUUUUAUUGUUUUCGGCUGGCUGUUUAUUCUGAGUGAAUUUUCCUGUUUGGGAGGAUAGGUUAGAAGGUUUGGUACAUAACCAUGAGAGAUUUUGGGUUGAAGAUUGAAUAUUCUGUCCACCAUGAUACUUGAUGUCAAAGGAAUAGGUGGUUAGUUUGCUGACUGGUUCUCUUUUUUGAGUAGAAAGAAUCAUCAACUAUAAUAGUAAGGUAUUGCCUCACCUCCACCCCCUCUUCUCUUUCUCCCUCCUUAUUGCUGCUUUAAUAUUUUCUUUUUCCUACUUAGAGUUUUUUCUCCCCCUGCUCUUUUCCCUCUUAUAAAAUUGAAAAGAGAAAAGAUCUGAUGCUGAGAUAUGCGGAAAGUGGAAGAAUGCUUGGAAAAAGUUGAAUUCAGUUAUUUAGGUUUGUUACUCUUGCUUUUGAGAAGACUUAAUGGACAGGGGAUUAAUAGCAGAAGAAGUUUCAAUUGUUACGGAUCCUCUAUUGAUUAGUUACCAAUGCUUUUGUGUUCGCAAAUCUGCUUCCUUUGUUCUAAGCAUGACUUCCCAGAGGUUGUUUUCACUCUAUUUAAUCUUCCUUUCUAGAAAGGUGCAAAAUAUUGGUUUUAAUGUAUUUUUUGUUUAUUGUAUCCUUGCUUUUACUUUGUGCAUGCUUGUAAUUCAUGCAUCUUUCUCUAUCAUGAAAGUUUUAACUAGAAUUAUUUAUCCACAGUAAUUGUUACUUUAUUAGUCUUGCUCAGCAGCUUGAAAGCUCUCUCUCGUUAAACUGACUAUUA